AUGUAUCUUGCAGAAGGAAUCAAAAUCAUGAAUUAUAAAGAUUUCUUGAAACGUAUAAUUCGUUCUCAUAAAAUCAAAACCGAUUUCUUGAAAUUUAUAAAUAGCUCUCUCAAAGACCUAUCAUUGAAAAUCCAUAAACUCGGAUUUAAUAGAAAUCAUGAUAUUUUCUCUAAUGAAGAUAAGGAAUUUAUUUCUGAAUGGGUUGUUGAGCAACUAAGCAAAAAACCUCCAAUUGAAUGGAAACUUUUACAAAAUGAAAUGAAAAUUCGUUGUGUAUCUUGUUCGCAAAAUGAUCUGAAAAACUUUUGGUAUAAAGCGCAGAGACAAUUAACACGGGAAUCUAGAGCUGAAUCGCAAGAUGAUUUGAUAAUCGAAUAUUUAGUGCAAAAAGAUGAAGUGCAAAGCGUUGAAGUGCAAGAUAUAAAAGUGCAAAAAGAAGUACAAAAAGUUGUAGUGCAAAAAGAUGAGGUACAAAUAGUUGAAGUGCAAAACGUUGAAGUGCAAAAAGAUGAAGUGCAAAAAGUUGAAGUGCAAAACGUUGAAGUGCAAAAAGAUGAAAUGCAAAACGUUGAAUUGCAAAAAGAUGAAGUGCAAAAAGUUGAAUUGCAAAAAGAUGAAGUGCAAAAAGUUGAAGUGCAAAACGUUAAAAUUGAAGUGCAAAAAGAUAAAGUGCAAAAGGUUGAAGUACAGAAAGUUGAAGUGCAAAAAGUUGAAUUGCAAAAAGUUGAAGUGCAAAAAGAAGUUGAAGAAAUUUCUGAUAUGGGUCGUCAAUUGUUGUUCAGUGACGAAGAUGAUGAGGUGAUUCUGAAUUGCAUAAAAGAAAUGGAACAAAACAGAAUCGUUCAUAAACGAUAUAAAAUUAUUGAAGAAAGGUUGUCACGUAAAUUUACUGCUAAGCAAAUUCGUCAUCACUAUACCAACGUUCUUGAUAGUAAAUUAUGUCACCUCGCGCUAAAGGAAGAAGAAAAGCAGUUUAUUAAAGAUUGGAUUCGGUGUAAUAAAACACCAGCUGGAAAAAUCGAAUGGAAACAAUUACGUGUGGAGAUCGAAGAGACAUUUAAGUCUUUAAAGUCCGAGAAUAAAAUUAAGAAUUAUUAUUACUCAAACCUAAAGCGUUUAUCUAGAAAAGUUGGACAAGGAAUUUCUGACACACCUUCUGAAGAUGAAUUUGAAGAUGAUGAAGUUACCAUGACAUGCCCCACUCCUGAAUGCGAAAUCGACGAUAAUGUGGCUGUAACAUGCGCUGCUGCUCCUCCAAAAGAUGAAUUUGAUUAUGAUAUUAUGCCAUCACUAAAUUCAUAUUCUUUAAAAAGUAUGGAAAGAUCAUAUAACCAUAAUAAUAAUGUCAUGCCAGCUACACCUACCCCUAUUUACCAUUCCUUUACGCUUCCAAGACCUCAUUAUACGGAUUCAGAAUAUCAAAGUAAAUCUGGUGCAAGGAGAUCUGUUGUUCAUCCCAAGAUUUUCUACUGA